CUAAGGGGUUUCUUGCUGGUUUAAUUAGUUAUUUUAUUGUCCAGCGGAGGGGAUUAACAUUGCUUCCGUCACACUAGGAAAGACAGUUCGUUGAUUAUGUUUUAAGCAAGUGGGUCACGAGUAAAAAGCUGAGAUUCAUUUCGCAACGACAGAGAGACGCGCGCGGGAUAUAACUUUCUACUGAUGUGCACAAGACGCGCAUGUUGUUGUACAUGUGUCAUAUGUAACGUCAUUUAAUAGUUUUGUUAUAGCUACAUUUUGGUGCGUUCUAUUUCAUCUCAGUCUACAGGAGGAGCCGAGGCUAGGAUCGACUCCUUUAGCCAUGUUGGCUGCGACAUGCAACAAGAUAGGGAGUCCGAGCCCAUCACCAUCCUCCAUUUCGGAUAAUUCUUCAUCUUUUGGGAAAGGCUUCCACCCGUGGAAGCGAGCCACCGCCAGCAGCUGCAGCCUUGGGUCCGGCCUGUCCGGUUUUGGAGUGUCCCGUAACGGAGCUGGUCUAUCGGACUCGUUUGGCACUAACAGCUCUCCCGGUUCCAGUGCCUUCUCCCUAACGUCCGGCAACUCAUCCACGCCCCACUUUGGAAACGACUAUUCUGUAUUUCAGGCCUCCGUUACAAACAGUUCUCAAGAACCCAGCCAUCAGCCCGUCUUCAUUUCCAAGGUGCACUCCUCAGUGGACAGUCUGCAAGGCAUCUACCCGAGAAUGAGCGUUGCACAUCCGUACGAGUCCUGGUUCAAGUCAUCCCAUCAUGGUAUCCCCACAGGAGAGGUUGGUACCACCAGCGGGUCUGCAUGGUGGGAUGUGGGAGCGGGUUGGAUUGAUGUUCAGAACCCGAGUGGAGCAGCUCUACAGUCCUCGUUGCACUCCGGUGGACUCCAGACAUCGUUACACUCUCCUUUAGGGGGCUACAAUUCCGAUUACUCCAGCCUAAGUCACUCAGCCUUCAGUACAAGUCCCUCUCCACACCUUUUGACAACCGGACAACACCUGAUGGACGGUUACAAGCCGGUGUUAUCCUCUUAUCAGGACUCCAGUCCGUCUCCAUUAGGCGGAGCAGGGGGGAAUAUGUUAUCUGGGGGGCCAACGGCCUCUCUAGCGGGGUCUCCCCGGUCCUCCGCACGGCGCUACUCUGGCAGAGCCACCUGCGACUGUCCCAACUGUCAGGAGUCGGAAAGGCUGGGGCCGGCAGGAGCAAGUCUGCGGAGGAAAGGGCUCCAUAGCUGUCACAUUCCGGGCUGUGGAAAGGUUUACGGCAAAACGUCGCACCUCAAGGCGCACUUGAGGUGGCACACCGGAGAAAGACCGUUUGUGUGUAACUGGCUGUUUUGCGGGAAGAGGUUUACGCGCUCUGAUGAGCUCCAGCGACACUUGCGCACGCACACCGGGGAGAAAAGAUUCGCCUGUCCCGUCUGCAACAAGAGGUUUAUGCGGAGCGACCAUCUGAGUAAACACGUAAAGACUCACAGCGCCGGGGGCUCCGCCGGGUCUGGCUCUGGCAGCGGGGGAAAGAGGGGAAGCGAUACCGACAGUGAGCACAGUGCACCGGGGAGCCCUCGAUGCCAUUCCCCCGACCUGUUGCAAGCUCCCGAAUCUACCCCGGGAACGGGAAACGAACGGCCUUUCUAAACUCUCUCAACUAAGUAUAAUAUCUGAGAAAAGCAUAUGAUCUGAGGGAAAUGGCUAAACUACAGUGGACAUACGUCGAGUAUGCGUAAU